CACAGUAGAAAUUUCAAGGUUUCUCGAAAAAAGAAAAGAAAAUUUCAAGGUUUCGUUUUCCCUGCUGCAGUCUUCAACGCCUCAGUUGUAUUUGUAUUUCGCAGUUUGCUUACUCUGUCUCAAAUCAUGGCAACCUUCAAUCUUUCCGUCGAGCCGAAACCCUUCCGCAAUGACGCGUUGAUCAUCUCCGAGAAAGACACCCGGUGGGGUUUUGGGGGCACUCUCCUCAAAGCUUUUCAACGGCGUGGUUUCCGUGCAGUCUUAGUCGGGGCUGGUCAUGAGCUAGGAAGAAAGGAAAUUGAAGAAUCCAUGGUUGUUAUUCCUGUCUUCUCCAAGGACCUUGUAUCUUCUCCAGAUCAGUUGGAGAAACUUGCCACGGUGGUUGAUGAGAAUAGGACGUGCCAUCUGUUUCUGCCUUUUCUUUACAAGCUGGAACUCAAAGAUGUGCGAUAUCUGAUGGGUGGAAAACUGUUUGAGAAAUUUAACGAGGUUCUGACUAAAGUGACUGAUUUGACUGGCUUUCGUUUCGGGGAUGGAGUUACAUAUGAAUACCAGUGUGUCGAAAAGAUUGUUCAAGUGAGCGCUAAACACGUUGCUUCCACGAUUGGAGUAAUUCCUCGAGUGACGGAAGUGAUGUUGCUUUUGUCUCCCGAAUCUGACAAUGGAGUCAACGUGGUUGGAGUUGUUGGACCAGGAAAGGAAACAAUAACUCGUAAGGUUUAUGAGGUAAUUGCCCCAAGUUUUCCUGCUCAUUGCUUUCUUCCUGAUGUGGGAGAAAAAAUUAGGGAACAUGGGCCGGAAUAUCUCCAAAACAUGCUUGGGCCUUAUAUGCUUGGAAAUUCCCAGGAAGGAGUGCCAUUUAUAAGGCAUGAGAAGGUUCUUGCAGUUUUGGAUUGCAUUGACUCUCUGGAUUCGUUGAAAGCUGCUCUUGGACUUACUCCUCGCUUUGCUCCUGGAAGUCAAGUCUUCAUUAUAGCUCCAGAUAUAACUUUGCUUGAAAAUAAUGGAAUUGAAAAGGUAUAUGAAGUAAAGGGGUUAGACAAGACAUCGGCUUAUCAAGUGCUUUGCCUAGAGGCUUUCAGUUCCAUGAAUAUGAGUUUCAAAUACAUGGACAUCAUAAGCCGUGCUGAAACUUGUGCUGAUGGCAAUCCUUGUGCUUUGAAAGCUAUUGGUUCCAGUUUUAGUGGAAAAACAAUAGCGGAAUGCGAGAUUGCAUUAGAUGAAUAUAAAAGAAUUCAUUAUUCUGAAUUGAUAGAGAGCAUGAUUGGAGAAAACAAUUGGAUCCCAUCGUUCGGGGAUAUUUCAGAAGAGUAUACGGAGUAUGACAUGCCAGAUGUCGAACUAGCCUCAGAUGAUGGAAGCGGGAUGGGGAAUUUUCUGGGAUCCUCUACCCUCUUGUCCCAGGCAAACAUGCAAGAUGUCGAAGCAGCCUAAGAAGAUGGAAGCAGGAUGGGGAAUUUUCUAGGUUCCUCUGCCCUCUUGUCCAAGGUGUUCUAAUCUCAAAUACGCUGGUAGAUGGACUCAAUGUACGCUGUUAUGAGUAUGGAAAAUUAAACCCUAAACCGGCAAUGUAUGCAGGUGUUUUAAACUAUAUAGGACUAUUCUGAAGAUUGAUCCUGACUAGUUCAUGGUAACAAUAUUGCAGGUUGGUUUAUACCAUUACCUGUGAACAUGUUGCCUUUGCCUAGAUAACGGAAUAUGAGCAAUUUAUUUUUGGGGUUUAAUUUAAGUUUUCACUUCGGGUAUA